AACAGCUGUGUGUCGUGUUUAUAUAUAAAAGUCUAUUAAUUUGAGUUUCAAAUAAAUAAAUUAAAGGAAACAAUGGAAAUUGAUUCAAAUAACGAAAAGGCGAUUAAUUCAGAUAAUGCUGAGGCUAUCCUGUGUCUACCUGGGCAACGCUUAUGCCUUUCGGAAGAGACUACUGUGGCUGGUCAAGGAACCUAUGAACGUGGCGGUUAUAUUUAUGCUACCUUGGCUGGAAGCGUGCAAGUCAAAGAGAAGGAUAAGUGUAAAUACAUAGAAGUUAAGUGUGCUGGUAGCCAGACUAUUGUUCCAGUUGCGGGCGAUGUAAUAACAGCGCGUGUUCUGCAAGUAAAUCAACGUUUUGCCAAAUGCUCUAUAAUAUGUAUUGGAGAUCACAUACUUGAACGUACCUAUCGGGGAAUAGUACGUAAAGAAGAUGUACGUGCUACUGAAAAGGAUAGAGUUGAAAUGUAUAAAUCAUUCCGUCCAGGCGAUGUGAUACUGGCUCGAGUGUUACCUCAAACUGAGCUGUCGUGUUACCAAUUAAGUACUGCUGAAAACGAAUUGGGUGUAGUAGUUGCGACGUCUAGCGAGAGCGGGGCGAAUGGUCCACCAAUGGUACCUGUCAGUUGGACAGAAAUGCAAUGCCCAAAUACGCUAGUAAAAGAACCACGGAAGGUAGCGAAAAUUGUCGCAGAAAGUUCUUUAAAAACCGAGAAGUUAACUUAGGAUGUAAAUGAAAACCUUCUUCGUAAUUUUAGUACAAAAAAUCUGCUAAUAUAAUAAAAACAAAAAAAAAAGAA